AUGGACGACGAGAGCUUCACUGCUGUCUUCCGCGACGUUAUUUCCAAGGUCAUGGAGCACUUUGCACCGGGCGCUGUCGUGCUCCAGUGCGGCGCCGACUCGCUCUCGGGCGAUCGCCUCGGCUGCUUUAACCUCAGCGUCAAGGGCCAUGGUGACUGCGUUGCGUUCGUCAAGUCGUUCAACAUCCCCAUGCUCGUGCUGGGCGGCGGCGGCUACACGCUCCGGAACGUUCCGCGCUGCUGGUGCUACGAGACGUCGGUGGCCCUCGGCGUCGAGAUCCCAGAUGCGAUGCCGUACAACGACUACUUUGAGUACUUCGGGCCCGAGUACCGGCUGCACAUGCCCGUGAGCAACAUGGAAAACCUCAACACGCCCAGCUACCUCAACGACACCAAGCAACGCUUGUUUGAGCAACUGCGCCAGAUCGAGCCCGUGCCCAGCGUGCCCUUCCAACACGUGCCGGCCAAGAUGGUGGAUGCGAGCGACAAUGUCAACGAAGACAUGGCGGAUCCGGACGCACGCCCCGAGACGGACGCGCCGCAGCACGCGGCCGAGUACUUCGAUUAG